AGAGUCAGUUCUAGCCCUUGCUGAGAUGGGGCUGUCCUGGCUUGGGCUAUGGCUGAAGCGGCUAGGGAUAUUCUUGCAAGUAGCUGUGGAGGUGGCUGUGGGCAAGGUGUUUAUGAUGCUGUUCCCAGAGAGAGCCAAGCAGAACAUCCUGGCCAUGGGCCAAAAGACCGGCAUGGCCAGGAACCCCCUAUUCUCCCCCGACAACUGGGUCCCGACCUUCUUCAGCAUCCAGUACUUCUGGUUCGUCCUGAAGGUCCGGUGGCAGAGAUUGGAGGACAGGGCUGAGUAUGGGGGCCUGGCCCCCAACUGCACGGUGGUCCGCCUCUCAGGACAGAAGUGCAACAUCUGGGAUUUCAUUCAAGGAAACAGGCCACUGGUGUUGAAUUUUGGCAGCUGUACCUGACCUUCAUUUCUUUUCAAAUUCGACCAAUUCAAGAGACUUGUAGACGACUUUGCCUCCACAGCAGAUUUCCUCGUUAUUUACAUUGAAGAAGCUCAUGCGACAGAUGGCUGGGCUUUUAAGAACAACGUGGACAUCAGGCAGCACCGGAGCCUCCAGGACCGCCUGCAGGCAGCACACCUGCUGCUGGCCAGGAAUCCCCAGUGCCCUGUGGUGGUAGACACAAUGCAGAACCAGAGCAGCCAGCUCUACGCAGCUCUGCCUGAGAGGCUCUACGUGAUACAGGAGGGCAGGAUCUGCUACAAGGGUAAACCUGGACCUUGGAACUACAACCCAGAAGAGGUCCGCGCUGUCCUGGAAAAGCUUUGUACUUCACCUGGGCACAUGCCUCAGCUCUAGGGAACCAAGAGGAGGGCUCCCCAAACUUGGUGCUCCCCCACCCAAGUCCAGGUGUCUUUUACCUUUGGCCUGUUUUCCCAGGUGAACUACCAGUUGGGAUGUUUCUGAUGUAAACAAAUAACUCACAGGGAGGCAAUGUAGGUCACAGCACACAACCAACACAAAUUGUUGCAACCAGAAAAUGAAGCAAAACUGAGCUUUUAGCAAAAGCAAAUGUGCAACUCGGCACUGCUCCCACAGCCACCAGUCCAGUUUGCAACAUCUUCUGGGGGCAGGGCACUCAAGCACCACUGGGAGACUUCUGAAGUGUAGUGACUCUUCUGAUGAUGUCAAGAGCUCUGAUACGGCAUCCUUUACAUUCAGUCAAUCCAGCUGACCAAAUUUGCCAUUCCUAGAACCAAUCCUUUAAAAUGCUGAGCAGUUGGUGGUUUUUUUUUUUGUUUUUUUUUUGUUUUUUUGUUUUUUUUUUUUGGUACCAAGCAGAGGAUGUAUUUCUACUUGUUAAUGAGAGAUGAGGAAGUGAAGGCAGAGAAAGUGGGAACCAAAGACCACAGAUUUCUUCCUAGCCAAAAGAUUGAAAUCAGUUGGUAAUGUUAGUUAUAGGUGUUUCCAUGGCAACACAAUCUAAUUCCACUUCUCUGGAUCUCUGGUACAGACCCAGCAGCUUUGUAACUUUAACCAAACCGAAACACAGGCACUGGCAAAAGCUAGCGUGCAGGCCCUGCUGAAACUCUGUUUACUGACUCACACGUCUCUUAUUGGUCCUUUGUGUUAGAUGGUAUUGGACUGAUGGGCAGCCCUCGGUCCAUCUGUUGUGACUGCUUCUUUUUAUAUUUGCUUAUGAUGGUCACAGUGUAAAGUACACACAGCUGUGACUUGAUUUUUUAAAAUGUAAGAGGCAACAAGCUAACAAUUAAAAACCUCUCAGUCUA